GGCUGCAACCCUGCACUGGCUCUUGUCUCCAAGUCUUCCUGGAGAAGAGAGGUGGAGGAAGAGGCGGGAACACGGUCUUUAAAGGAUCUGGGAGGGUUCCUGGCAUUUCAGUGUGUGACUAUCCACCAACAGAAGCCAUUCAUGGCCAGGUUGAGGCUGUUUCUACUUCUGCUGCUGGCCCUGCCACCACAGCCCUCCUCCUUACUGCCAUGGCCAGACACUGCACAGGGCACCAUGGCAGGCCUGAUCCUGACUGCGCUAGAGAAAGCCACCUUGUUCCUGGAGGACAGGCUGCCUAAUAUCAACCUGGACGGUGCUGUGGGAUUCCAAGUGUUGGAAGUGCAACUCCAAGGAGUCCAGAAAAAAUGGGCUUCCGACCCCCUGCUGCAGCCUCUCAGCCUGCGUGCUGGACAGUUGGCCAACACACUGUCUGUUCUGCUCCAAAAAUCCAUCUUCUACCUCAGGAAGAGUGACCCCACAUACCUAAGAGAGUUCCAACCAAGCCUUCAGCCUGGAUUUUGGAAGCUGCCCCACGCCUGGACCCGCACCAAUGCCUCCCUGGUCUACCCCCGGCUGGAGCCUGUGGAUUCGUUCUCAGAGGAAAGCAGCGAUGCAUGUCUGGUGCAGCUGCUAGGAACAGGGACAGACAGCAGCCAGCCUUGCAGGCUCUCCAAUUUCUGCAGAACCCUUAUGACUAAGACCGGCUGCUCAGACUACAGCCUGUCCCACCAGCUGCUCUUCUUCCUCUGGGCCAGAAUGCAAGGGUGCACAGAGGGGCUGUUCCACCAGAGCCAGCACUACAUUGACAUCUUCUGUGCGAACAUGAUGGAACUGAACCGGAGAGCUGAGGCCGUCGGAUAUACCUACCGCACCCGAGACCUCUUCAUGGAAAACAUCAUGUUCUGCGGUAUGGCCGGCUUCUCUGACUUCUACAAGCUGCGCUGGCUGGAGGCUAUUCUCAGCUGGCAGAAGCCCCAGCUGGGAUGCUUCGGGAAGCCUGAUGCAAAGGGGGAGCUUCCGGAAGACACACCACAUCGGCAGGGCGUUCUGAGAAGAGUACGGAGACGGGAAAAAAUGUUCACAGACGGCUGCUCUUGCCACAACACAGCCACCGCGGUCGCAGCCCUGGGUGGCUUUCUCUACAUCCUGGCAGAAUUCCACCCAGACAAUGGAGAGCCACAUCCACCCGCACAGUCACCAGAGAGCAGCUAUCAAGAUGGCACUCCCAAUGCCUGAGGGCCAGAGGACUGGCAUGUCUUCUUAGAUCCUGGGGUCAGGGGUCACAUGCCAAGGGGGCAUCUGGGGAAAGUGAGCAGCUAUAAUCCCAUUGCCACAUGUGGGUAUUUAGAAGUCUUGAGAGCGGGUCAGGAAAGACAGGACUGGAGAACGGGGUGGACCCGAGGUCAGCAGAAUACACACAGCACAACUACAGCCGAGUCUUCUGUCUUUUUGUAUACAUAUCGGAUCGUUCAUUUGCUUGUUUGUUGAGAUGGGAUCUCCCUGUGCAUUCCUGGCUGGACUGCAACUCAGAGCCCUGCCUGCUUCUGCCUCCCAGGAGCUGAGAUCAAAGGUGCCCAUCCAGCUGUGUAUCAGAUCUUGAUGUGUACUUCAGACUGGGCACACGAUCCUCCUGCCUCCACUUCCAGAGUGCUAGGAUCACAGGUGUGUGCUGCCACACCCUGUUGGGAGUGGAGUCUGGGUUCUCAGUCCUAAGGACGGUCUCGGAUGACUGCGGGGUCUCUGUUUCA